AUGCCGAGCGGCGCAGGCGGCGGCUUUGGACGCCGUGGUGCCGGCCACGGCGACAUGUACAAGACUGGCCACGAGCGAGGCAAGAUGAGCACUUUGCACGGCAACCCGUCUUCAGGCAAGCAGCGGACCAAGAUCACCGCACCCCCCGUCGGGGCCACCGCGCCGGAGCCAUCGACUCCAUCACGCACUGGAAACCGUAUCCAGAAGCCUGGCGAGUUUGACCCGAAGGCGGGCAAGGGCAACAGACACUCCUCUGCUGUCAAAUUUCCUUACGGCCAGAUCGGGCAGGACAACCUCUAUCCCGACGAAUCCGCCGCAGGUCCAGCGCGUCGAAAUCAAGCUACGCGCGCACCUGCGACGUUGAAUCUGAAUCAUGGGAGCUCGCGGAUCCACGAGGGCCCGGCCGCUCGUCAGGGAGUCGUCGGCGGCCAUGUGCGGCACUACGAGGCGAUCAACUCCUCCUCGUAUCCCACCAAUGGGGCCGGUUCCCGACACCAUGCCCCAGCAGCGACAUCGAACGAAACCACCUACUACCUCAGCAGCAGCAACGACGAGGAGCAGGCAACCCAAGCGACGCCGGCUGAGAAGAAGCACAUACGCUUCCCCUCGCCAGAGGUCGAGGUGGUGAGCCCCAGCGACUCGCGUCCAGCUCCGACAAAAUCGUCGCCUUGGGAGAUCAAUCCUGCUCUGCAGCGGAAGGACGCCAGGCGGCACGACGAGCAACAGAAAAAGGACGGCGCGGAAGCGGGACCGAGCUACCACGUUGGCCAGCGCCCAAACGGGCCCAUCCAGCUCGAGACGUCGGACGAGCCCGGGAAGACGAGUGCGGACCCCAUCGUCGUCGGGUCGCAGGACACGCGGGAAGACCCCGGAGCGCGGAAAGGCUCAAAGCGGCGCGAGCGUGAUGCGCCCUACAUCACCGCCGCCGCCGCAGCUUCCUCGAGCGCUACCCUACGUGCAGGCCAACUCGCGCCCAUCUCGUCGAGCAUUCCAACGGGCAAAGCAGCUCGUAUGAGGCCGAGGUCGGCCGGACGCUCGCCGGACAUGGAGAAGGCGGCGACUACAUCACCGAGCCGUCAACGCAACGCGGCGAAGCGUGGGCAAGGCAUUGUGGGCACGGCAGUAUCAGACGAUCAUGAUCGUGCAAGGCCCAGCCACGUCCAAGGCGUGAUCAGGACCCUCCGCCUCCAGUCGUUCACUAUCUCCGACGUCUGGCGAUCGCAUCCCGAGAACAACGAUCUCGAGCUCGUCGAUCAUCGAUUCAAGCUGGUCAUAACGCAGAAAUCGUCGCAGCGCCAGCUCACGAUAUCGAAGGACGACAUCGCGCUCGUGAAGCGAUCGGAGCCCUUUGCCUACAGGCAUCCCGUCGCGCAGCUGCAGCUCAAGCCAGGCUCGCAGACGUUGAAAACGAUUGCCAAGUUCUGGCCCGAGUUCGACCCCAAGGCCAUCUCUGACGCGGCUGGCAUCAUCUUGGUGCCCCUGCUGGAGCAGCAGCAAGAAGGCGUCUGGGACGAGCUGCUGGAGAGUUGGGACUCGCAGCCACAUGUCGAGGUACAUGAACUGGACAAGAACGCGGCCAAGACCAUGACCGAGAUCGCCUCGCAACCUUCACCGGCACGAUGGCCCCAGCCCUCCGAGGGAUCGCCCACAUCCGGCUCGUUGAAAGGCGCGGGUCAGCUAGCCUCCGCCAUCUCGGGCAGUAUCAAGCGACCUCGACAGGCGAUCACGCCGGGAGAGAACCGCCAGGACUUCUCCGAAUCGCCACCACGACAGGCGCCGCGGGAGCCCAACGGACGCCUUCAGAGGUCUGAGAAGACGUUUAAUCUGACAAACGGCGAGGCCCGUCAGGAGGCGCGCGUCGACGGCGCCCCACGCAGCAGCCACGCCGCCGCCUCUGCCUCCGCAACUGUCUCGGGCCGCAGCGCGCGCUCGCAGCAGCACAAGGCGAGCCCGACCGGCGGGGCGUCCGUCCUCGCCUCGGCUCCUGAGCCACCAGCCAAGAAGCCGGAGCGCUCCGGCAACGAGCAGGUGCUGCGCUUCCCGUACGAAGGCAUCGGCGCCGUCACGCUGCUCGAGUCCGACCUCGAUCGCCUCAACGAUGGCGAAUUCCUCAACGACACGCUGAUCGAGUUCGGCCUCAAGCGGCUGCUCGACGGGAUCCGGCAGCGGCAGCCCGCCCUCGCCGACCAGAUCCACGUCUUCAGCUCGUUCUUCUACAAGCGGCUGACCGAGUUCGAGGUCUCCAAGAGCUACCUCAACGUGCGCAAGUGGACGAACAAGUUCGACCUCUUCAGCAAGCGCUACAUCGUCGUGCCCAUCAACGAGGACUUCCACUGGUACCUCGCCAUCAUCGUCAACCCGCACUACAUGACCAAGCCGGCGCCGCCACCCCCUCCGCGUCCAGAGCCCAAGGUUACCCGCAGCAACCGAGGCCGGAUCCCCGACAGCGAGUCGGACGACACACCUGCACUCGAGUCGCGGCGACCGCGGGUCGCUGAUGCGAGGAGGCUCAAUCACCCCGGCGACACCGAGGAGACUUUCAAAUACAGCGACGCGACGGCAGUCGCUCGACAGCUGCUCCAGCCGAAGGAAGGCUCGUCCGGCGAUGACGGGGACUGCGACAGGCGCCACGGCCCUUCGGCAGGGGGCGUCGAGUCUGACGCAAUCAUGACGCCGCCGCCGCCUGCGUCCGGCCCAGCGUCCAGUAUCGAUCUCAAGUCUCCAUUCCGCUCUGGCGGCAAGCACUCGCGGCAGGCAUCCGGCCAUAGCGAGCUUGCGGCUCCCGCGGCCUCCUCAUCCGCUCGCGAGCCGUCGCCGACUCGCGGCAAGAAGCGGGAUGCGCACGGCGACGUCAAGGCGGCGUCACUCGCCGAGACCGCCCAAGGCGUCGACGUUGGCUCGAGCCUGGAGCGGUUGUCACUUUCGCCGCCCUCGAACCCUCGACCGCCCUCAACGAACAGGAUCGUCCCUGUCAUCGACCAACGCCCUGGCAACCUGCAUCCAACGGAGCACAAGGCGAUGGAUGAUCAAGCAUCGACUCGCUCCUCGUCCAGCGACGACACCGUUGCGACGGCCGUGGAUGCCGCUCCCGACGCUCACGAAGCCCAAGGGCCGACGGGCUUCAGCAUGCUCGAGGACGAAGGCGAGCGUGUCAGCCGAGCGGACUAUGGCGAUCGCACUGGGACAUUGCCCAGGAGCGGUGACGCCAUGCAAGAGGAUUCGAUGGAAGGCUUCGGCUACGACGACGACGACGACGACGAUACGGAGUUCAUCAAUCCCGUCGGGCCACGCGAUGCACCGGUCGACAUGGACGUCGACGUCGACGACAGCCAGGACCGCUCGACGAUGCUGGACGCCUCGGCUCGGACGUUGCCGCGGAAGAGGUCCUCCAUCCCUCGCAGGCACUUCGGGCAUACCCUGGAACGGCGUGGCACAUCCAGCACCGACGGCGAGGCCGACGCCGAAGCCACAGGCGGUACCGACGCCAAUUCCGGCUUCAGUCUUCUGGACGAGCAGGGCGAUAGAAAAGGCGGCCCCGAUUGGUCGUUGCUGGACCAUGUGAGGGAUCCUCAGCGGGGGUCGCGGGUAGGCGGAGGCCCUGCCGUCCCGUCGGCUUCGCCCGAAAGGCCGGCCGCCAAGCCGUCGUCGCCCACCAAAAUCGUGCCCGGAGCGGGCCGCACGGUGUCUCCGCCGCCCGAGCCAGUCAACGAAACGACGGGCCGCCCUCACAAAGCCGCUCGCACGACCAACGACACGGCCUACCGGCCCACCAGCACCAGCGCCAGCACCGGCAACAGCAAGACGUACAGCUCGCGCCAUCGCCCUGCGCCCGCGUCUGGCCUUGCGAACGGCUCACGCAGCCCGUCGAUGCCGGCAAGGACCGCAUCGACGGGUGCCGACCUCAACCUCGAGCAGACGGUCAUCAUCACGUUCGAUAGCCUGAUGUUUGCGCGGCCCGACGUCAAGAAGAACCUGCGGGCCUACCUCUUCCUCGAGGCGCAGGACAAAGGCAAGCUCGAAGACGCCGGGACGACGCUCGACAAGGCGCCGCAGCCGUGCUACGUCAAGGCGAUUGUGCCCAAGCAGCCCAACUACGCCGACUGCGGCAUCUACCUCCUGCACUACUUCGACCGCUUCUUUUCCGACCCUCCGGCCUUUCUCCAGCUCGUCAUGACCAAGUCGAGGGUGGAGCGCAAGGAGUGGGAGCCGGAGCGGGUGUCGGGCAAGCGCGACCACUGGAAGGCCGAGAUCCGGCGGCUAGGCGAGGACUGGAAGCAGUGGAAGGCCAGGAAGGACGAGGAGCAGAAGCGUCUCAAGAGCGAGGCCGAGGACAAGGCCAGGAAGGUGGCUGACGAGACGGGCGCCGCUGCAGCGACGGCGACGGAGGGCGGAGCCGACGCUGCCAAGCUGGUGCAGCCUACGGCAACGACUGCGACGACGGUGGCGACCUCGGCGUCUCCGAAGGCAUCGCCACCGCCAGUAUCGACAGAGGAGGCGCAAAAGCAGCAGCAGCAGCAGCAGCGGGAGGGUUCGCACGAGCAGCGGCCAACACGCGCAGGAGACCCAUCCGAGGCCGACAACAAGCUCUCCACGCGGACGUCGGCACCAGCUGAAAACGAGGCUCGACAGCCCGACGCUCCAAGUUCCUCGCUGACGACGACCGGAAGCGGGCCAGCCAGCCCAAUCGGCUCGUUUGGCGACGAAGAGGUCGGCGCAGCCGCGACACCCAUUCCGCCCACGCCCAGGUUGACGGCUACCACGGGCAGCACGCCGAGACGGAGCAAGCGGCUUAGCGGCGACGGCGGCGGGAGCAGCAAGGCGAAGACCAAGACCAAAGCAAAGACGACUGCCAUCAACACGGUCGACGAGGCGAUCGUGAUCCAGGACAGCGAGGACGAGGAAUGA